AUGGACAGUGGUAGCAAUUUCUUGGCCGAGUUUGACCACUUGUUAGGCAUUCCGCCGCCAACAGUCGAGAAUUCAAGCGUGGCGUCCAACACCCUCCCGGACUAUGCUUCCCCUUCAUUUGACCUGGACUUUUGGGGGUCCAUUUCCAACGACCAUACGCAGUCUUUCUUCACUGCUUCUCUGGAUCCCAUGACCACUCUGCCAGGACUUCAAGUAGAUUACCAGCCCGGUACCACUACGGGCUCUCAAAGUACUGGACUCAGCCAGAACAACCUAGCCGUGUUCAACAGCUUAUCCGAGUCCCUUGAUCCCGCGCCCACGCAGGCUGCUGCCCCGGCCAAGCCAGAGUCGUCCACCACCUCGUCCAAGCCGCGUUUCUUGCCCCCCAAAGGCCCCCGGAAACAGCACCGGACCGGCUUCCGUCAACUGCCUGGAGCCAACGGUAAGAUCAAACGAGGCCGGCCUUCGAAGAAGGAGUACAAGCUGGCGGGCGUGGAGGUCGACAUGUAUGCGCUCAAGGGCAUCACUCUCCAUGGGCCGGCCAAGUCUUUGAACGAAGUCAAGGGCGGCGAAGCGAUCGCCAGAAGGUCCGGAGUGAGGAGGUCCAGCCGAAAAUCAAAGAGCUCCGUCUCAUCUGAUGUCAAGUCCAAGCCUGCACCCGGACCAUCCACUUUUCCCACAAUCCCGGAAGAACCUCUCCCCGAGCAAGUUCCGAGCCAGAGCUACAGCGCCCUUCAAGAUAUGCUCUUCCCACCAUCCGCCCAGCCUCAGGGGAAUUCCGCCUUCAACUACCAGUUGCCCAACUUGGCCGAUAGCCAGAACUCGGCGGAUCUGAAAUUCUUGUCAGCUGUUCAGGCCGUAAACGAUGAGAUCACUUUGCAGAACAACGCCGGCAUCUACUCCCAGCAUGAUCUGUCCCAGUUUACUGACCUUGGCUUCCAGCCCUUGGCUGGCUACCAAUCAGGCUACCAACCAUCGACGGGCUUCCAAUCAGUCCCGGACAUGACACAGCCACCGACUGGUUUGCUGUCGUACCCUGACUUAGUGCAGCCAUCGACGGGCUACGAACCAUUCAUACCUGACUUGAGCCUAUCGACUGGCUUCCAGCCCUUGUCUGACUUGCCGCCCUUAUCCGGCAUGCAACAACUAGCUAACAUUAACAUGCAGCCGCAGCAGCAGCUGCAAAUGAAUGACUUUCCCGCUCUUAACCCAGUGGAUGGCUCUCUUCCCGCUGGGCUCCUUCCCGUCGAUCCCAACUCAGAUUUCUCCCUCGGCACCAAUUGGGAUAGCACCCUUUCAAGCCAGUCGUACAGCACCGCCAGUAAUGCCUUUGGACUUGAUGGUAAUCUUCUGCCUACUUACCCAGACUCCCAAUACAGCACUGGAGGCUCGUAUAACCCAAACGUAUAUAACCAGUCCGCGUACCCUUCGGAAUUCCCAAAUCUGUAA